CUAUUCCAUGUGUGAAAGGUUCAUAUAUAAGCGUUUGUGUGACUUCUCAUAGCCAUUGUAUAUUCAGCUACUUUGAAUACGCACCAAGCAUCAUGUCUACCUUCGCUUUCCUCCUCCUCUGCGUCCAAGCUUGCUUGGUUCAGAAUGUAUACAGCCAGUACAUCGGUGGUCCUUUUGGAUGUGGAUGUGAAGCCGGUCUGGCUGGACCCUUUGGCUACGGCCGAGGCUUUGGCAUCGAUGGUUUCGGCUAUGAAGCCGGUCUCAUUGGUCCCGCUGGUUACGGAGUGGGCCUUGCUGCCCCAUGCGGUGCUGCCUACGGAGGUGCCGGUGUCGGUGAUGUAGCUGUAGCUGGUGAGAUGGGCGUCGCUGGUAACACCCUGGUCGCUGGUCAAGUGCCGAUCCUCGGUGCCGUCGAGUUCGGAGGCAUCGUGCCAGCUGCUGGAGCUGUCUCCAUCGCUGGUAGCUGCGGCUGCGGCUGCGGUGGUGGUUACAUCUACUUUUCAUCCAUAACAACGGCCUGCUUAAGUAGAACUCCAGGACAAAAUCAUCUCAUUCAUCUCAAUCAUCUCAUUAAAUUAGUGGGAGAAAACAUUUUCGCGUCGAUGAAGUCAGUAUGUUUCUCAGUAGAUGUAACCACCACCGCAGCCGCAGCCGCAGCUACCAGCGAUGGAGACAGCUCCAGCAGCUGGCACGAUGCCUCCGAACUCGACGGCACCGAGGAUCGGCACUUGACCAGCGACCAGGGUGUUACCAGCGACGCCCAUCUCACCAGCUACAGCUACAUCACCGACACCGGCACCUCCGUAGGCAGCACCAUAUGGAGCACCGUAACCAGCGGGGCCAAUGAGACCGGCUUCAUAGCCGAAACCAUCGAUGCCAAAGCCUCGGCCGUAGCCAAGGGGUCCAGCCAGACCGGCUUCACAUCCACAUCCAAGAGGACCACCGAUGUUGUUUACCUGAACCAAGCAAGCCUGGACGCAGAGGAGGAGGAAAGCGAAGAAAAACCGGUGCGUAUUCAUCUGAAACAUUGUCAAGUUUACAUUCAAUCGGUCAACAUGUUCAAGGCUGUACUUUUGGUCUGCGCUCAGGCGCUCUUGAUCCAGUCUAUCGCUGGACAGUGCAUCGGAGCUGGAUGGGGCGCUGCUCCCUACGGUCUCGCCGGUCCUCUUGCCGGUGGUUGUGGUUGCGGAGUUGCUGCUAUCCCUGCCUCUAGCGGUGGUGGUCUCGGUGUGUCAAGCGCUUCUCCUAUCCCACCAAACGGAGUGUCGGUGCUCUCAGAAAACGCUAUUGAAGGAAAUCUCGCAGUCGCCGGUGCUUUACCUUUCUUGGGAACCGUUGGUCUGGAAGGUGUUCUGCCAACUGCUGGUGCUGGUGCUGUCAACUACGGAUGUGGCAACGGAGCCGUCGCGAUUGUGGAGGAACUCGCUCCUGCUGGCCCUGCUGGCCCACUCGGCUACGGCCUUGGUCCUUACGGUGCCAUUGACGGUAUCGGCUACCCUGGUUACGGCUACGGCAUCGGUGGUGCUGGUCCUUACCGCGGUGGUUGCGGUUGUGGUGCCCUCAUCUAA